AUUUAAUUGUAGCUAGUCAAAGCUGCUUGUUUUUGUGUGUUGCGUAUCAGUACACCCUUUCCUACCCUAGCUUCUCCUCAGCCAGACACACACAGAAGACAGAAGACUCCUCGAUCUCCCGCUUGCCGUAUCAGUGUUCGAGCUGCCCAUCUAUCUGUCUGCUUCCCGGAGAAGAAGGAGCAGAAGAGGAGGGGCCAGCAGCAUAUAUCGAUGGGGAGCAGCGGAGGGGGAGACGCUGGGGAAGGGGAGUGGCUCAAGGUCGCCGAGCUGCGGGCCAUGGCGGAAGCCCAGGACCCGCAUGUCAAGGAAGUGGACAACAUGAGUCUGCGGAGGUUCCUGCGCGCGCGGGAUCAGGACGUGGGGAAGGCGUCGGCGAUGCUGCUUAAGUUCGUGUCGUGGCGCCGGGAGCUGGCCCUGCCGGGCGGCGGCACGAUGCCGGCGGAGCAGGUGCGCGUGGAGCUGUCGCAGGACAAGGCGCGGAUGGGCGGCGUGGACCGCGCCGGCCGCCCCGUCCUGCUCGCCUUCCCCGCCAACCACUACUCCGCCAACCGCGACAUGGCCGAGCACAAGCGGUUUAUCGUCUACUUGCUGGACAGCAUCUGCGGCAGGAUCCCACGAGGGCAGGACAAGUUCCUGGUGAUCGUGGACCUCAAGGGCUGGGGCUACUCCAACUGCGACGUCCGGGCCUACAUUGCGGCCAUAGAGAUCAUGCAGAGUUACUACCCGGAGAGGCUGGGCAAGGCGCUGAUGAUCCACGUGCCCUACAUCUUCAUGAAGGCAUGGAAGAUGGUGUACCCCUUCAUCGACGCCAACACCAGGGACAAGUUUGUGUUCGUGGACGACAAGAAUCUGGAGGAGACGCUGCGGCGGGAGAUGGACGAGAGCCAGCUCCCCGAGAAGUACGGCGGGAAGCUGCCCCUUGUUCCCCUCGACGGAGCGAGCCCACUAGCUUAAUGUGAUCCAUCGAUGCAGUGCAGAACGUAUCUGAUUGCUACCAUCUCGGUGUUGUCACAUACAGAACAUAUACGGAGUAGCACUCAUGAAACAAACGGCGUGCAUGCAGCUGAUCAUCACGCUGUUAAGACUGCCAAUACUACUUAAUUGUAGCCCCGUGCUAAUUUCAUUUGGUUCGGAGUAACCAUGAAAAGGAAGCCCGCAGUGCCAACCUGGUGCUGGUGUAUCUUCAUCGUCAGCUUAUCACAUUUGUCGGUCUUUGCUUCUGCUGUGGUCAUCUCUUGCCUGAAGGGAUUAGAACUAAAUAAUAUUUUAUUUUCAAUGGCACACUA